CGGAGGCCAUGGCGAGAAAAAUGGUGCAGGAGGAGGACGGAAGGAGGGAACGCGAGGACACGGUGAAGGAGCUCUGCGAGCAGAAGAUGAAGAGCGAGCUGGAGGGCCGGAUAAAAAGCGAGCAGUCGAAGAAACGGCUAUUAAGGACGGAGCUCUUGGAGGAGAUGGCCAGCCAGAAGAGGGUCGUUGCUGAAUUCAGGAAGAAGGAAGCUGAAAUGGACGCGGCUUUCGCGAGGAACAACGACGAGCAAACGCGCAUCGAUCGAGAGAAGGAUCGAAGAGAGGCGGAAGCUCGUCGAGAGAGGGGUAUCCAGUACGGCCAGGAAUUGAGGGCAGCCAUAACGCGAGCCAGAGCCAAGCUUGCCGAAGAAGCCCGGAGGGAACGAUCCUUGAAGAGCCUGCAGGACGAACGAGAAACCCUGAGAAGGAGAGAAAUUGCCGAAGAGCGGGCCAGGAUACUGUCGAAGCACGCACCUCGGCUUCGAGGAUUCCUAAAACCUGGAAUAGUGAAACCAGAGAAUUGAUUCCAUCCCACCAUGAAACAACCCAUCGGUUUUCCAAAUGUCCCGGAAGAAGGCCAAACGAAAAUGAUCCGGACGUCCCGAUUCCUGAACCAGGGCGUUUUUCGAGUUCGCGUUGAUUCCUAAAACCCGGGACCUCAGAAUCGCAAGCGCCAUCGGUUCUCCAAAUCUCCCUGCAAACGGCCAAUCAAGGGGAACUUUUCAUUCGGAGCUCCGUGCCCGAGAGUUAGCCAGUUAACCCAUUUCAGCAGAAACGGAGCGGAGCCGCGGGGCUCCCUUUUCACGGAUGAUGCCCAAACGGUAGAACUUCUCGGUUUAUGGAUCGUCAAAUCGCGGCACCGCGCGAACCAGAUUCGAGGGCCGAAGCCUCGUAAAUUCCUUUUAAUUCCCGCCACCUCGGACAGGUUGGCGAUUUAGCGCAGGUCCAGCUUCGGGAUACGUUGUAUGCCUAUAAACCGGCGAAACUGGCUAGUACCCUCCACCGUUUGCCGCUGCACCGAGCCGGAACUGCAGCAUGCACCGAUAGGAUCCCACCCCUUGCGUCGCCCUGUAUAGGAGGGACUAUGUCGGUGCUUCCGACACGUCCAUCGCGAUGCCACCCCUUAUGCUCGUCUAUUCGACGCUCUUGCGUUAUUUCGUAUUCAUGGCCUUCGGAAUAUUCCUAUAUCUAUUUUUUUUUUGGCGUCGGCCAGGGUCGGAGCACAGGACUCCAUCG